AUAUUUAAACCCACACGAGCUCCAUUCUUUUCACAGGUCAAACAUUUCGCACCAAACACAACCCAACCCCAACCCCUUCCUACCUUCCAAUAAUUUAGGGAUUUAGAUUUCUCAACCUCUCAUCUUCUCUCUCGUCUUCUCUCAAUGGCGGUAGCCUCUGCGAGCACUUUCGCUGCAUCAUCUGUUGCUUAUAGGCAAAUGCAAUCGAACUCCUCUACUGUCUCUUUGCCUUCCUCUUCUUCGCCUUUUUGUUCUGGAUCGCAAUUCUUCUACGAGAUUUCCAAGAAGGGGGGAGAGAGGAAGUCGCUGGUUUUUCAUCGAGCUCUUUCUUUGAGGUGUGAGGUCGUUUCUCAGAAUUUGAAUCCAAUUGAUAAGGCUGAGUCCAAGAAGUCCAAUAUUAUCGCUCUUGAACAACUCAAGGCAUCUGGGAUUGAUAGAUAUACAAAGGAAAGGAGCAGCAUUGCUGUAAUAGGGCUUAAUGUGCACACUGCACCAGUUGAAAUACGGGAGAAACUUGCCAUUCCAGAAGCCCAGUGGCCUCAGGCCAUUAAUGAGCUCAGUUCUCUUAAUCAUAUAGAAGAAGCUGCUGUUCUUAGUACUUGCAACAGGAUGGAAAUAUAUGUUGUGGCUUUGUCUCAGCAUCGUGGGGUUAAAGAAGUGACUGAGUGGAUGUCUAAGAUUAGCGGGAUUCCUGUUUCUGAGCUUUGCCAGCACCAGUUUAUAUUGUAUAACAGAGAUGCCACAAGACACCUAUUUGAAGUAGCUUCUGGACUCAACUCUGUUGUGCUAGGGGAGGUUCAAAUCCUUGCCCAGGUGAAACAAGUUAAAAAGCUUGGACAAGGGGUAUCUGGCUUUGGCAGGAAAAUCAGUGGGCUGUUUGAACAUGCAAUCAUUGCUGGAAAGCGGGUUAGAACUGAAACUAACAUUGCCUCAGGGUCAGUUUCAGUCAGUUCGGCUGCUGUAGAACUUGGUCAAAUGAAGCUUCCAGAGUCUUCAUAUAAUGCUGCUAGAGUUUUGGUAAUUGGAGCUGGCAAGAUGGGGAAACUAGUGAUUAAACACUUAGCUGCAAAAGGGUGCACCAAAAUGGUGGUUGUGAAUAGAACUGAGGAAAGAAUUGAUGCCAUACGUGAAGAGCUUAAGGAUACUGAAAUCAUAUAUAAACCCCUUUCAGAAAUGAUGGCAUGUGCAUGUGAAGCUGAUGUGAUUUUCACGUGCACUGCGUCAGAGGCUCCUUUGUUCUUGAAAGUGCAUGUGCAGAGACUUCCCCCUGUGGACCCAAAAGUUGGAAGGCGGUUUUUCAUUGAUAUUUCUGUUCCUAGGAAUGUAGAACCAUCUGUCUCAGAUCUGGAGACAGCAGAAGUCUACAAUGUAGAUGAUCUCAAGGAAGUUGUGGCUGCUAAUAAGGAAGAUCGGCUCAGGAAAGCUAUGGAAGCACAGGCAGUUAUUUCUGAGGAAUUGCACAAGUUUGAAGCUUGGAAGGAUUCUCUUGAGACUGUUCCUACCAUCAAGAAGUUGCGCUCUUAUCUAGAAAGGAUUAGAGCUUCUGAACUGGACAAGUGUUUGUCAAAGAUGGGCGACAUUUCAGAGAAACAAAAAAAGGCUGUCUAUGAUCUUAGCAUGGGUAUGUUGAAGAAGUUCCUUCAUGGUCCAAUGCAGCACCUUAGACUUGAUGCAAAUGAGUGCCGUAAGCCAGAAGAGAUACUUGAAAUUAUGCAUGCUGUCAAUACAAUGUUUGACCUUGAGACGGAGAUAAUUUUGGAUACAAUUCGAUCAAAGGUAGAACGAACCCAGAAGUAAGCUAUUGAGAAUAGAUUCUAGUUCAAUUUUGCGACAAUUUUACCAUUAUAUUCAAACCAGGGAAAUGAUCCUCACCAUUUCGUUUCUCCAAUUCAUUCAGGCAGAAUAGCGAAUGCAUUUGGAGACCAUUUUUUUUUUCUUUUCUUAUAAAAGAAGGAAAUUGUCAUUUCCUCACUUGAGGUUCAGUGCUCUGUAGUAUUAUACAGCAAAAAAAUUGAGUUGAAAGUUCUGAAGAGAAGUUUAAUUUGUGUAUCACCAUGUUGUCCUAAUCAUUGAUGAAAGCGAUUCAUGCAGUUAUUUUCUUUAUUAUUCUUAGUUUAAAGAUGCCAAUAAUUGAUCCUAGAAACAUAUCCUUUGGAGUUUGUAUUA